GUGUUCCUGAACAGCAUGUGAGUUUUGCCGGAGAUUUAAUUUAUGGAAAAAAAUCGUGAUAAAUACUAUCUCUGAAACAACAUCAAACAUGGCAUCAAUGGAGGAGGACUUCCCUCGAGGAGGGACAGCAAAGAAGCCUACCGAGAGUAAAAUAGUGGUUCAGCGGACAGAAGUGGACAACUUAUUCCAGUCACACGAACAAACAGAAACCAAGAAAAGAAAGGGAGCAGCCAAAGACGAUGGCAAGAAGCUGAAGAAGCCAAAGACAGGCAAAGAUAGUCUGACGCUGAAUGCAGCAGCCAAGUGUGUGGAAAUUCUUCAUAUCAAGAAUGUGAAGGAGGGUAUGCUGAUGCUGGGCUGUGUGAAGGAGGUCACUGAAUUUGAGGUGACGGUCAGCCUGCCCUGUGGUACGCAGGGCUUUCUCAGCGUCAAGAACAUCUGUGACGCGUACACCAAGCUGCUCGGCCAGCAGCUGGAGUCAGCUCAUGUAGAGGAGAUCUGCUCUCUGGCUCACCUCUUCUACCCUGGCAUGGUAUUCAGGUGUGUGGUUGCCAAGUUGGAUGUAACCAAAGGAGGCUCUCUUAGCAUCCAGCUGUCAGUCAAUCCAAAGCAGGUCAACAAGUCUCUCACCUCGAGCUCUCUGAAGGCUGGCAUGGCCUUGAGUGGAUGUGUGGAGAGUGUGGAGGAUCAUGGCUAUAUAGUCGACAUUGGCAUCAGUGGAACCAAAGCCUUCCUGCCCGAGAAAGCAGCAAAAGACAAAUACUGCAAUCAGGAAGAGCUGAAAGUGGGUCAGUGUGUGACUUCUCAAGUGGAAGAAGUAAAGAACGAUGGGCGUGUGGUCCACCUUUCCAUCAGCCCUCAGGCCUGUGCCAAGCCCGAACAGGGCUGGAACCUCACAAACCUUCUGCCUGGACUUCUGGUCAAAGCUACGAUCAAAAAGGUGACCAAACAUGGUCUGAUCCUGGACUUCCUGUCCUCCUUUAGCGGUCAGGUGGACUUCCUCCACAUGGAGCCAGGAAACAUAUCCAGCUACACAGAGGGGACUGAGGUGCGAGCCCGUGUGCUGUACAUAGAGCCGUCCACCCGUCUGGUUGGCCUGAGUCUGCGCAGCUACCUCGUUCAGCCUGGAACCAGACUUGACCCGUCUCCUGCUGGAGGGGACCGGAUUGGUGAGGUGGUGAAGGACUGCAAGAUGACCACCAUGCACCACAUGUCAGGAGCCAUGUUGGAACUUCCUGACAAAACGUUGGCCUUUGUACAUAGAAACCACCUGAAGGAGUCGAAUGAGCCCUCUAAUGAAAACCGAGUGAUGGCCAUGCCUGAGCACACCUGCAGGAUCCUGGACUUCAGUGUCAUGGACCAAAUUUAUUUUGUCAGUCUGCGAAAGAGUGUGAUUGACAAGCCUUUCUUCAGAUACCAUGAUCUUCAGGCCGGUCAGGUUGUAGAGGGCACAGUGUCAGUCCUGCUGAAUCACGGCAUGGUGGUGCAUCUGUCUGACCACAUUAAAGGUCUGGUGCCCCGGACACACCUGUCUGAUAUCGUCCUUAAGAACCCAGAGAAGAAGUACAUAGAGGGCAUGAAGAUCAAAUGUCGGGUGCUCUCAGUAGAUGCAGAGAAUAAGAGGCUGUACCUGACCAGAAAAAAGGCUCUGGUUGAAAGCACCCUGCCGUUGUUUCUCAGCUAUGCCGAUGCCCGUCCUGGCCGAGUGUCCCAUGGCUACAUCGUCUGCAUCAAAGACUUCGGCUGCAUCGUUCGUUUCUACAACAACGUCAAGGGUCUGGUGCCGCUCAGCGAGCUCAGCUCUGAGCCCAUCGUGUCUCCUGAGGAGGUCUUCUAUGUGGGGCAGGUGUUGAAGGCUAAAGUUCUUCAGUGUGACCCUGACAAGGCAAAGAUGGGGCUGUCGUUUAAGGCUGCAGUGGAGGGAGACACAGAGGAGGUUUCAAAGUCCCAGUUUGACUGUGAGGUGGGAAAGCGGCUGGAGGCCAAGGUACUAAAGAAGUCAGUCACCGGCCUGGAGGUGGCCAUCCUCCCUGAUGAGGUCCGUGCCGUACUACCCACAACGCACCUCUCUGACCACAUUUCCAACUGCCUUCUUAUGUGGGAGAGCCUGCAGGAGGGAGACAACAUCUCAAGCCUCAUCUGCCUCAGCAAGAACAAACAGAAUAUUACCCUCACCAAGAAACCCACAGUGAGAUGGUCCCUGGAGGAAGGACUGGUCGCCAAAGACUUCUCUGAGGUCACAGUUGGGAUGCAGCUGAUUGGCUGGAUUAAGAACAUCAUGUCUUAUGGCGUCUUUGUAGAGUUCCCAUAUGGACUUGUUGGUCUCGCACCCAAGUCGGCCAUGGCCAACAAGUUCAUCAGAGACCCGGCAGCUGCCUUCCAGCCGGGCCAGACGGUGAUUGCUAAGGUGACCAACCUGGAUGUGGAAAAACGGCGUUUCCUGGUCACGCUGAAGAUUUCAGAGGUCAUUUCUCCAGAGGGUGAUGCUCAGACCAGACUCAUUAACGGUCUGCAGGAAAGGAGAGUUGUGACUGAAAUGUUGGCGACAAGAGACGACAGUGGUCUUCGCCAGCAGCUGGCUGCUCUGUGUGUCGGCCAGAAGCUGAAGCUGACUGUAGAUACGGUGAAGGACAGCGGGGCCACCUUUAAGUCUGAUGAUCUGGCUGCUGCCACCAUACAGGCCACCAAGCACCAUGUCAUAGGUUUUAACCUGACCCCAGGACAGCAAGUUACUGCGGUCGUCCUCCAUGUUGACAUCAUGUUAACUUGUGUCCAUGUGUCCCUUCUUCACAAGCUGGUGGUGAAGAAGAAAUCUUUAGCUGAAGGAUCAAAGUACACAGCGAUGGUGCAGUACAUCGACAAAGACUUUGCCGUCAUCUCACUGGAUGGCACGGCACAACUGACCAUGAUCCAAACUAGCAGCCACCUGAACGAGGUCUUUCUGUCCGAGUCAGAGAAGCUGAAGGCGGGGAUGAGUUUGGCUGUCGAGGUGAUAGAGCCCAGCUGUCAGGAGCUGCAGGGACUCCCCCUAGUGUCGUGGGAACGCAGCGCGCCAAAACGAGAGCGCACAACCUCGGAAAACCUUGGCUCUAAGGGUCCAGCCUUUGGGGAAAUUGUGCGGGGCAAAGUGCAGACAGUGAAGCCCACAUCCAUUCAGGUCACGCUAGAGGAUGGAUGCAAAGGCAGCGUGCACGUGUCUGAGGUGAUGGAGCCCACAGAGGUGUGUCAGGGAUCCUUCCCCACAUUCUCGGUUAAAGUGGGCAGCACGGUCACCGCCAGGGUCAUCGGAGGACGAGAGGCUUCCAGUCACAGAUUCCUGCCCUUCUCCCAUCCUAAAUUUACAUACACCAUUCCUGAGCUCACACUUGUACCCAGCAAACUGGAUCAGAGCACGGAUCUCAAAGCAGAUAAAGCAAAAGAAAAACUUAACAGCUACAAGGUCGGGGAAGACGUUACAUGCUUUGUAUCAAAGUUUAAUCCAAAGAGAAAGUCUUUGGAGGUCACCACUGAUCCGUGUUUUACUGGGCAUGUCGAACUGUUGGCCAUGAUCACCAAUCCAAAAGAUGCCAGCCACCCAGAGAAACUGUACAAGCUGGGCCAAGCAGUCCACGCCAAAGUGGUCGAAGUGAGCUCCACACCUCAACGCUUCACACUGUCACUCACAGGUGUCCAUAAACUGGAGAAAGGCAGUGUUUCUUUGGGGAUGGUGACUAAUAUUCUGCCACAGGUUGGCCUCCUGGUCAGACUUCCUUUUGGUGGCAUGGGGAGUGUCGCUGUCACCGACCUGGCUGAUGCCUACAAGUCAAAGCCUCUGGACGGGUACAGCAAGGAUCAGCUGCUCAGGUGUUUUCUUCUUGGGGAGGAAAAUGGCAAGUGGCAGUUGUCUCUACGUCCAUCAAGGCUGAACCCAGAGCAGGCCAAGCCAGUGAAGGACCCAGAGGUUUUGUCUGUAGACGAACUGAUGGAAGGACAGACCAUCAGAGGCUAUGUCAAGUCUGUUGGAGAGUGGGGGGUCUUCAUCAGGUUGUCAACGAGCAUCACAGGAAGAGCCCAACUUCAAGAGUCCACCAAGUACUUCGUCAGCAACCACAAGGUCCUCUCUGAGCACCUGACGCCCAACACUCUGCUCACUACCAAGAUCCUCAGUAUUGACAAAGAGGAGAAGCUGGUCCACCUCUCUCUGCUCCCAGAGGACACCGGAAAGCCAGACAUCCUUCCAGAGUCUCUCGGGCUGCCGCUGCGCCUGAUCGGACAGGAGAAGAAGGAACAUGACAUUAAGAAGAAGAAACGCACAUUGUGUGAGAGCGCACAGGCAGAGUCCCAGGUCCCUAAGAAGAAGAAGAAAAAGAAAGCAAAGACUGAUGGCAAUGACAGCGGAGUGGAGGUGUUCUUCAGAGAAGAGGAGGACAACGAGGACGAAGAAAAACCCAAAUCUGAUUCUGUAAAUCAGGUGACAAACAGCUCAGCAGGUCCCUCCAGACUGCAAGUGGCAGCAGGUUUCUCCUGGGACAUGGGACUGAGCUCCCUGAAGCCUGCCUCAGCAGUGCAGGAGGGGGACUCCAGCGAUGGAGAGGACCAGGAAGGAAGCAGCAAGCCCCAGAAGAAGUCUCGUCAUGAGCUCGAGCAAGAGAAGAAGGCAGCGGAAAAGGCGCUGGUGCAGCGGGAGACUGAGCUGAUGGAUCCGAGCCUGCGGCCCCAGGACGCAGCUGCCUUCGAGCGCCUGCUUCUCGCUUCACCCAACAGCUCACUGCUCUGGCUCCAGUACAUGGCUCACCAUCUGCAGGCCACACAGAUCGAGCAGGCCCGCGCUGUGGCCGAGAGGGCCCUCAAAACCAUCUCCUUCAGGGAGGAGCAGGAGAAGCUGAAUGUGUGGGUGGCCCUGCUGAACCUGGAGAACAUGUACGGCACAGAGGAGAGCCUAAAAAAAGUGUUUGAGCGGGCGCUGCAGUUCUGCGAGCCCAUGCCCGUGUACCAGCAGCUGGCUGAUAUCUAUUCAAAGUCCGACAAGACCAAGGAGGCAGAGGGCUUGUAUAAGACCAUGGUGAAGCGUUUCCGUCAGAAUAAGGCGGUGUGGCUGAGCUACGGGACCUUUCUGCUCCAGCAGGGUCAGAGUGACGCUGCCAGUGCUCUCCUGCAGAGGGCGCUGAAGAGUCUGCCCUCCAAAGAAAGCGUGGAUGUGAUCGCCAAGUUCGCUCAGCUGGAGUUCCGUUACGGUGAUUCAGAGAAAGGUCGCACCAUGUUUGACAAAGUCCUGACAAGCUACCCGAAACGCACAGACCUCUGGUCCGUCUUCAUCGACCUCAUGGUCAAACACGGAUCGCAGAAGGAAGUCAGGGCGCUCUUUGAUCGUGUGAUCCACCUGAGUGUUUCGGUGAAAAAGAUCAAGUUCUUCUUCAAGCGCUACUUGGAGUAUGAGAAGAAGCAUGGCACCCCGCAGAGCAUCCAGGCGGUCAAAGAGAAAGCCAUGGAGUUUGUGGAAGCUAAAGGCACCGAGGCUGCGAAGUAAUGACCAAACACACACUAUUAUACACACUUUGUGUGUGGACUGCAGUGUGCUGAACGCGGUCUGAGCCUCGGAAACAAGUUUGUAAUUUAGCUUUGUCACUGUUGUGGACUUGGGACCUCUGAACCAGAAAGUCAAACCUUUGUAAAGUGAGUUGUAGUUAUCUACAAAUGUUAAAAACAAACUGGUAUUAAACUUGUCUUUUUAGUCAUUUUUUAUGAGAACAAGCUAUGAAGAGAAUACUUAAUGUUAUGAUAAUUAGUCUAUGGCAUAUUUGAACGGGUUCAUAAAAUUUCUUAACACAUUUGUGGAAGCAUUUUCUAUUAUUCCGACCGACCUUUCAAUAAAUGCAACACCAUUACAAUACAUUACGUGACGUUUUAUUUAAAAGCAACAAAUACAAAAUAACAAUAUAUAGGGACAUGUUUACAUACAAUACAUACAGGCAAGACUAGUUUUCUAUCAGUCUCUUUUUAAAAGGAAAGGGCAUGGGACACAAUCUGUAACAAUAUUGUCUACUUAAAUCGUCAUGUUUGUAAUCCCGCUGGUCUCGGUUUCAGACGGAGGUCGUGGCUACCUCUGACUGCUGGAGCAUUUCACCUACAUUGGCAGUACUGAAGAUGCAUGUGUGGCACGGGGUUAUAGGGUGACUGACAUGGUUUGUGCUGGCUGUAUUGGUAACACCCCUGAGAUAUUAGAGGUAUCCAUACUGAUCCUGUUUCUCUGAUGUCCUGCUCAAUGCCUGUAGUGUUGU